AACCAUGAACAGUCUGGUGGAAACAGAGGACGACCAAUACAGUCCAAUACAUCUCACUGGGCUCGGAAUAUGUUGCCCCCUCAGUCCCAAACAGCACCACAAUGGGCCUGGUCUGGAGAGCCCGCAGCAGUACACCAAAUGGCUCCCCAGCCGCCACGAGGCCAGCCUGCUGCCUAUGAGAGAGGACCUGGCUCUCUGGCUCAACAUGUUUCUGGACUCUGAGGUCACGGCUGACAGCCUGAUGGACAGGCUGGAUAAUGGGGUUCUGCUGUGCCAGCUGGCCGAGGAGCUACAGGAGAGGAUGAUCCGAGCCAGCAAUGGCAAGACCUUCGUCCGCAGGGUAAUUCAUUGGCGAGCUGAUGCUACUUCUGGCUCUUUCUUUGCCCGGGACAACACAGCCAACUUCCUCUACUGGUGUCGGAAGAUUGGUGUGGAUGAGACCUACCUGUUUGAGUCUGAAGGUUUGGUGCUCCACAAACAACCUCGGGAGGUGUGUCUCUGUCUUAUGGAGCUGGGAAGGAUUUCAGCCAGGUAUGGUGUGGAGCCCCCAGGGUUGGUGAAGCUGGAGAGAGAGAUAGAUAGGGAGGAGGGAGGUUCUCUCACCUCAUCAUCACCUCUGGCCUUCCCCUUCCCCUCACCCACCAAAUCAUCUGCUAAGAAAACGCCAAGCACAUGCAACAUGUUGGAUGACAUAGUGAGAAACAUUAUCGAGGACACGCCAUGCAGCUGCCCCACUAAGUUCCCUGUGGAGAAGCAUCCUAAAGGAUGCUACCGUGUCGGGGAGAAGAUCCUCUACGUACGAAUGCUGAAUGAACGUCAUGUGAUGGUGCGCAUCGGGGGAGGCUGGGAGACCUUGGGAUGUUACCUGCUGAAGCAUGACCCCUGCCGGAGUCCACCGGUCACCCCGGUCAGGACCUGUCGGGCCAAAGGAAAGUCCCCCAACAUGAAGGACUUGUCACCAGACAACUAUAUGGUGGUGGGGGCACACUACCGUGCCAAGAAAUAAAACAUGAAUCUGUUCAACCAUAACAGAUAACUGACACCACAACCUAGCAAUGAAGCUUCCUGGUUAUACUGAGCAUAUCAAGGUUUUUUCUGGAGAUGUAUUAUUAUCUGUUAGGUUGGGUUUAGUGGCUCACAUGUAUGUAGAAAGGUAUAUUUUAUCAUCUAAAGGAUUUCAACAAAAUAUGGUGUUAUUUUUAAGGUUAGUUUGAAAAAGUGAUCUUAUCUGUAAAAAUCUAUCCUGUAGUCUUUAAAAUAGUUGAUCCAGAAUGGCUAGUAUAGCUGAGGGGUAAUGGUGUUUAUAGUUGUAUUUUAAUAUAUUGGAUGAGGGCUCAUCUCAAGACUGUCCAGUCAUUUCUCUAUAAGAAUGGUUUUAUUGUACUAUAAGAUAUCUUUGAUAGUACCCUGAGAGAAGACGAUAUAGGGAUCAUUUAUUAAAUGUUUAUUUUUCAGUAUUUUAUGUAUAUUUUGGAAUGUACUCUGAUUGAAUAUCAUGUAAUGACAUCACAUUUGUACCUUUUUUCAUGCCCAUGCAAACUAUGAAUUUAUCUCUAGUCAGUUGUUCGAUGAUUAGCUACUACCCUGCAGCCUUGACUCUUCCUCAGUUGCUGGAAUAAACAUGACUGAGGACACAGCCAGAAAAUACUCAACUCUCCUCUAGGUGGCAUCGUGUCAUAAGAAAUAGAUCGUACAAGCAACACCUAGCCCAGGGUUUCUUAGCAGCUAUGGCUGCAUUUAGACAUGCGGCAUAAUUACGAUAUUGUUUUGACCAAUCAGAUCAGCCCUAAAAAUUAUCUAAUGUGAAAAGAUCUGUGAUUGGUCAAAAUACCUAUUGGAGGGGGAAAAAGAUCAGAAUUGGGCUGCCUGUCUAAAUGCAGCCUAAUAUUAUUACAGGGAAUUCAUUCACUGAGGUCCACUUAAAGUAAGUCUAGCAUUUGGACUAAAUCAGUGUCAGCUCACUAACUGACAGCAACAUCCAUGUGAUUGUUUUAAAACCUCAUCAAUGCUGUAUUAGUUUGGAGAAUGAAUAUGUGCUACAUACUGAUGAAAGACAAACUGAGAUGAUGGUUUUUUUAUUUUUUAUUGUCAAAUCAUGGCAUUCGUGUAAUUCCUCUGAAAAAUGUGCCACAUGUCCAACCAAAACUUUACUGCAGUGGUUGCAAGAACCAUAAUAGCCUAUUUGAUUAUACUCUCUAUGAGUGGGAAAUAGUGUAGAUGUAAGCCCAGAUGGGCAGUACACAGGAAGAUGUUUACCUAAGCUCAGUGUUUUUCUGUUGUGACAUAGACAUCUAGAAUACAUGAAAUAUACAGACACAGUUGACUUCAGAAUAGUAUGUUAAUUACAUUUUAUUUCAGUAAAAUAAAUUAGAUAAAAAAAUGGACAAGUUUGAAUACAUUAAAAGAAAUGAACCAUAAUGAUCUCAUGCAAGACUAUAAUGUAUUUUAAUCGUCUUUCUCCAUCCUCGUGGAUUGAACCAGUAUAAACGACUUGUAGAAAAUCAUAGCAGUGCUACUUAAAGAGGUGCCACUUGAAAUUGUGGCAUUGGUACACAGUGUCCCACAUUGCUCACACUGAACACUUUCCAGUUCCUCAUGAAACACUAGAAGUCCCACUAAGAGAACUACUUUUCUGUCACUUUUGCAUACAAGUUGUAUAUUGUUCUUAACCCUUCUCUCAUUCUUUUUUAUGUGGCCAUUUUACUACUUUUUCAGCAUUCUCUUGGUACGCUACCCAGAUAUUUCUCUAUAAACCGGUUUAGCAACAGAACCUUUAUCAUUAUUCAAACAACACAAUUGCAAUAAAUGUAUUGUUUAUUGUAGCAAUUAUCCAUGCAUUCAAUACCAUUGGCCAAUUUAGAGAUCUAAGGGACAAAACCUGUACAUGUGUGUUGAUAUAAACUGGAGGAGAAGACUGUGGAUGAGCUCAGAAUGGCAGCAGAACACCACCAAUAUCCACAACUCUUUUACAAGUCUGAGGUGGUGCUACAUUUAGUAGCAAUGUUGGGAUGUUUCACUUUGUAGUCACUUUGAGGCAAUGUUUUUAUCUACAGUCAAAUACUAAUUCACUGGAAAGGUUAUAGCUCAUCACCUCACCUCAUAACACUGCUGGAAAAGUGUCACAAUGAGUGCCUUUUUACAUAUAGGUAACAAAACAGUGUUACUUGAGUACCCUGUACUCACAAAAUACAUCAAUUCCAUCUUACCUGUAAUUCCAUCUUAAUUCAUGUGCAGUGCUAGCCUCCGAAGCCUGCCUGAACCCAGACCUGCCACAAACAAACUCCCAACAUGGCCUGAGUUUCCUCCCAGAACCUUUAUGUAAUACACAAGUGUGCUUGUAUCAUUAUUACACCUCUCAAGUCUUGCGAGAACUGUGCACUUACAGAGUACAUUAAUCCUUAGGCCUUUUGACCUCUCCUUGUCUCUACGAAUUGCAAACGGGACUCUGCAAAGGGCCAGUAAGACUGCCUGUUGCCUGGGGCAAAAGUGGCACUGAAAUUAAGAAAUGGUGAGCUCCCUCAAUUCAUUCAGGAAAGUGGGGCGACUCAAUAGGGAUCCACACUGAAGUGACGCAGAUGAUGCUUUAACAGGACAUCAUGUUGUCUGCUUACAAGAUACCACAUUAUUGGUCUUGUCUCCAAGAGACCUGAGCUGACUCCUAGUUUCCCCCUACUGAGGAAGCAUACAGAGAACAGCUAUGUGCAAGAGCAGACACCCCUGCAUCAAACGUGAGGAGAGAAGGAUUGGUAGACAGGAAAAAACAACAUACCAGUGGUGUUACUGAUGUAAACAUUAAGUAUGACUUUUCACAGCCCUACUGCUCUCUCAAUGUAAAUCUCAACAUUACCCAUUUUCACUUACAGAAGAAUAUUAACAGAAAUGUUGUGUUGAAUAAGACAUGUAUUCAAUGAUAAACUUAAACAGAAGCUUUGGGAAUCUAUGCUGUGCAAAUACCUGCAUUUUGCAGCAGUUCACACAAACCAAAUCACUUAAUGCAUUGAUACUUGCUACAAACAAUGUGUUGUGCUAUGUGAAGGUUUUUGUGCAAGAAUACAUUAAAUGCAAGUCCAACACUGGUGUCUGCAGUUCAAUUCCUGCCAAAUCCAAGAUGGCAG